GCAGAUUCUCAGUUUUCACAUAAAAAAAAAUACAGAUUAUAUAUUAAAAUUAAUUGCAGAUGUGGUUUGCGGGCCAUCUAGUGUUUAUGUGUUUAAUGCAGCCGGCUAGCGGCCGUGCACGUUAGCCCGUUGUUGUCGGUAGUCCGGGGCUAGCUGGGGGAUGGGUGCCUCUCUUACUGCAGCAGGCGGGAAGCUGCAAAUGGUGGUCUAUUGUUCACAACGCAGAGCUAGCAACAUGCUAGGCGGCUAGGCUAAGCUAGCGCCACUACCAACCUGAACCGGGAUUAUUGUGCUAACUACACACAGCGGACGGCUCGUUUUAGUCUACAAACUUUCUGACUGAAAAAGGAAAACAUAAUCUAUCAGCUAAAGUAACGGAUGAUUCCAGUUACGCAAAGUCCGAAGUGUUCACACACAGACGUGGUACCGAGAAAGCGAAACAUGCGUGCGUCCACCGGUGCAUCUGAACGGUGUGUGAUGUUGUCACCGGCCGACGUUGGACAGGCAGCGACAGUGACCGGCAGUUGUGAUUUUUGAUCCGUGCACUAUGGCGUUAAGAGGAGUGUCUGGUAAAGAUGCACUACUUUGCACUGAGCCCGACCGUUACCAUGGUGAAGGACGUUAACAAGCCGAAGGGAAAGACCUCCGCCUAUGCGUUCUUCGUCCAGACAUGUCGCGAGGAGCACCGUAAAUCGCAUCCCGAGCAGUCCGUUAACUUCGCAGAGUUCUCCAAGAAGUGCUCCGAGAGGUGGAAGGCACUGACCCCUAUAGAGAAGAAGCGUUUUGAGGACAUGGCGAAGGCUGACAAGGUGCGCUACAACCGGGAGAUGCAACACUACGUCCCUCCCAAGGGACUGGGGGCCCGCGCUCGCAAGAGGAAGGACCCUAAUGCCCCCAAGAGACCCCCGUCUGCGUUCUUCGUGUUCUGCGGGGAGUACCGCCCCACGGUGAAGCAAGAGUGUCCUGGUCUCUCCAUAGGAGAUUGCGCCAAGCGCCUGGGGGUCAUGUGGUCCAAGCUCAGCCAAUCAGACAAGCACCCCUACGAGGAGAAGGCCCUGAGACUGAGAGAGAAAUACGACAAGGAUAUGGUGGCGUACCGCGGGGGCGUGUCCUUCGCCCCCAGGAGUCAGAAGGGUGGAGCUCAGGGCGGAGACGAGGACGACGAUGACGAGGGGGAGGAUGAUGACGAGGACGACGACGAGGAAGAUGACGAAUAAACCGCCUGAGUGUGUGUGUGUGCACGCGUGUCAUGGAAAUCGGUGUGUGUGAGAUAGCGAGUGCAUGACAGAGAGAGUGUGUGUGUGUGUGAGAGAGUGUGUUCCUGGCCUUCGCAGUCUGGUGCCUGGAGGGGCGUCUGCUUCGGGACCAGAGGCUGUGAUUGGAUACUCUGACGUUGGACCAGAGGCUGUGAUUGGAUACUCUGAUGUUGCCUCCUCUCCUCCCUUCCUCUCUCCUGCUCUCCCAUCUCCUCCCUCCAUACCUCCUUCCCUUCUCUCACUUCCCCCUCUACCUCCUUCCUCCUCUUCUCCCUCUUCCUCUCCAGACUCCACCAUAGGAGGAGAGGCUGUGUGUGUGUGUGUGUGUUUGCGGGGUGCGAGAACACCUGUACUACACGUUUAGUAGCAGCGUUUUGAGUUAAACCAACGUUGAUGUUUGUUUUUAGAUUAAGAUUCAUUUAAGUAAAUCUGACAACCUCCCAGUCCUUACCCCACCUGUCUACCUACUACCCCACCUUUCUACCUACUACCCCACCUGUCUACAUACUACCCCACCUGUCUACCUACUACCCCACCUGUCUACCUACCCCACCUAAACACGAAGCUUGAUUUAUUUACCUCCCACCCCCCCUCCCCCCCUAUCCAUCCUGUCUCUCCCUCCCUCUCUGGAACAGAGUUACUUGGUUCCUGUAUUUUUUACUGGAGAUGUUGUUUCAGCUGUAUGUAGAAGUUAACUUUUAUAAUAAAACUUUAUGAUUGUGAAACUCUC